AUCGCCGCUCCUGCCGCCGCCGGGACGGAAAGUGAGCCGCCUGGGUCCCGGGUGGGAGCGAGCCAACGAGCGGGUCCCGGUGCUCUCCGUGCCCAGGGCGAAGCAUGGCGGCCGCCAAGGUGGCUUUAACCAAGAGGGCAGAUCCAGCUGAGCUAAGAACAAUAUUUUUGAAGUAUGCGAGCAUUGAAAAAAAUGGUGACUUUUUCAUGUCUCCCAAUGACUUUGUCACUCGGUAUUUGAACAUUUUUGGAGAGAGCCAACCGAAUCCAAAGACUGUGGAACUUUUAAGUGGCAUGGUGGAUCAGACCAAAGAUGGGUUAAUCUCUUUUCAGGAAUUUGUAGCAUUUGAGUCUGUCCUCUGUGCCCCCGAUGCUUUGUUCAUGGUGGCCUUUCAGUUGUUCGACAAAGCAGGCAAAGGAGAAGUCACUUUUGAGGAUGUUAAACAAGUUUUGGGGCAGACCACAAUUCAUCAGCAUAUUCCAUUUAACUGGGAUUCGGAAUUCGUGCAGCUACAUUUUGGAAAAGACCGAAAAAGGCACCUGACCUAUGCGGAAUUCACUCAGUUUUUACUGGAAAUACAAUUGGAGCAUGCAAAGCAAGCAUUUGUGCAACGAGAUAAUGCCAAGACCGGAAGAGUCACAGCCAUGGACUUCCGAGACAUCAUGGUCACCAUCCGUCCCCAUGUCUUGACACCGUUUGUAGAAGAAUGUCUAGUAGCUGCUGCUGGAGGUACCACAAGCCAUCAAGUUAGUUUCUCCUAUUUUAAUGGAUUUAAUUCACUUCUGAACAACAUGGAGCUGAUCAGAAAGAUCUACAGUACUUUGGCUGGCAACCGGAAAGAUGUAGAAGUGACAAAAGAGGAGUUUGUUCUGGCGGCGCAGAAAUUUGGUCAGGUUACACCCAUGGAAGUGGGCAUCUUGUUUCAGUUAGCAGAUUUAUAUGAGCCACGGGGGCGACUGACCUUAACAGACAUUGAACGGAUUGCUCCCCUGGAAGAGGGAACUCUGCCCUUCCACUUGGCCGAGACCCAGAGGCAGAAAGCCGCUGGAGACCCGAGCAGACCCAUUCUGCUGCAGGUCGCAGAGUCUGCGUACAGGUUUGGCCUAGGGUCUGUUGCUGGAGCUGUUGGAGCCACCGCCGUGUAUCCCAUCGAUCUGGUGAAAACUCGAAUGCAGAACCAGCGGUCGACUGGCUCCUUUGUGGGAGAACUUAUGUAUAAAAACAGCUUUGACUGCUUUAAGAAAGUGCUACGCUAUGAAGGCUUCUUUGGGCUGUACAGAGGUCUGUUGCCACAGUUAUUGGGAGUCGCCCCAGAGAAGGCCAUAAAACUAACAGUGAAUGAUUUUGUGAGAGAUAAGUGUAUGCGCAGAGACGGUUCGGUCCCACUUGCAGCAGAAAUCCUUGCUGGAGGCUGUGCAGGAGGCUCCCAGGUGAUUUUCACUAACCCUUUAGAAAUUGUCAAGAUCCGUUUGCAGGUGGCUGGAGAAAUCACCACUGGUCCUCGGGUCAGUGCCCUGUCUGUCCUGCGGGACCUGGGGUUCUUUGGGAUCUACAAGGGUGCCAAAGCAUGUUUUCUACGGGACAUUCCUUUCUCGGCCAUCUACUUCCCAUGCUAUGCCCAUGUGAAGGCUUCUUUUGCGAACGAGGAUGGGCACGUUGGCCCCGGAAGCCUGCUCUUGGCUGGCGCAAUAGCUGGUAUGCCUGCGGCAUCUUUAGUGACCCCUGCUGAUGUUAUCAAGACGAGAUUACAGGUGGCUGCCCGGGCUGGCCAGACCACUUACAGCGGCGUUAUAGACUGCUUCAGAAAGAUCCUGCGGGAGGAAGGCCCCAAAGCUUUGUGGAAAGGGGCUGCUGCCCGGGUAUUUCGAUCCUCGCCACAGUUUGGUGUAACUUUGCUGACUUACGAAUUGUUACAGCAGUGGUUCUACAUUGAUUUUGGAGGAGUAAAACCCAUGGGAACUGAGCCAGUGCCUAAAUCAAGGAUCACACUGCCUGCUCCAAAUCCUGACCACGUCGGGGGCUACAGAUUGGCAGUGGCAACUUUUGCAGGGAUAGAAAACAAAUUUGGACUCUAUCUACCUCUCUACAAGCCCUCGGUGUCUACCUCAAAAGUGGCCGGCGGAAGCCCAUAGUCGGAGCAGCCCUAGGAUGCAGCCCGAAGCGUUGUGACAAGAGUGGGGAAAAGACCCCGCGGAUUGAAGCAGCACCCCAUCCCUUUCCCUUCCAGCCCCUGUGGAAAUGCCAGCCGAGGCUUUUUAUAAAGUGGAAUCGUUCAUUGUCUGUGUGUUUUUCUUAGCGGAUCAUUGUGAAAUCAUUAAGCAUUGUUCUUUGAGUCUUAGCCUUGGAUCUGACCUGUAUCGGAUUUCAUCCACACGGCAUCAUUUGAGGAGAGGAGCGAAUAGGGCACAAAGGGGAUGAGUGUCCCACAGAGGCCCCUGCAAGGCAAUGACCGAGCCCAGAGGCAAGGAUCCGGUCAGGUUUAAAUGGGUAGUAAGCUGGGCGCAACUUUAUAAAAGUAGAAAACACUAGGAGAAAUGAAAAAAAAAAAAAUAGAACCAGCCUGGCUUCAAAUGUUAAACAUACACAAAUUCAGUCUCUGGAUUACAUUAUGAAGCUUUUACGUGAAACAUGUUUUGUUUUUUUGGUGGGGGGGUGCGUAAUGAAAACCACAUUGAAGAUGUGUAGUAGUCACAUUCUGUUACCGGCUACUAGGGGAAAGCCGUGGUGCUUUAGAAACAUGCGUUGGGCAUUUUAUCCUAUAGACACAGAAACCAAGGGAUGUGGCCCCUGUGGAUGUGUUUGUGAAAGCUGGGUAGCUAUCCGUGUGAUGGACAGAUGUUAAUUAUGACCUACUUCAGUAGUCACUGGAAGAUGCAUGCACCCUACGGCCCUGUGGCUGCCCUAAUCCUCCCUCCCUGUAAGUAGCACCCAUUUGCUAUUAAGAUCUACCUUGAAUCAUGUUAAGACGCAACUAUAUUUUAAUGUGAGCUUUCAUUUAAUUUGUGGUGCCUUGCAGAAUGCUCAGAGGUAUAUGUGCUUGUGAAAGUAGAAAUAAACUAUUUUUAAACUC